AUGGGCUCCAAUGGCUCACCUUUCCAGCACAAUAGAUCUGGUUCUAAUCAAGCACCAAGUCGAAGUGGAUUUAAGCAUCGCCAGCGAACUCGUUCUGAUCAUUAUGGUCGAGAAGGCCACCCUGCUGCCAAGUGUUACAAGCUACAUGAACACCCACCGCAUUCAAACGAUGGUACAUCCAGUAUGCCACGCUCUCAACCACAUGGUUUAGUUGCUUCAUCUGAAAAAUACAUGUUUCCUUCUCCAUCCUCGACACCCAUACCCAUUGGCGAUCAGUCUUCUUCAUUGCUAGCAACACCCAUAAGUCAAGAACAAAAUAAUCAUAUUUUGGCCAUUUUACAGCAAGGUAGAAAUGAACCGUCAACCAAUUUUGUAGGUACUGCUCUGACCUCUUUUCAGAAUAACUCUUGGAUUAUUGACCGUGGAGCCACGAACGACAAGUGCUCCACACCUCGGCUGCUUCAUACUAUGUCGCCAAAUACAGCUCUUUCUAAUGUUCAAAUGUCAAAUGGUUCACCUGCACCCAUAACUCAAAUUGGUGUCACUUCCAUUAAUUCAUCCCUGCAUUAUUCCCAACCGUUGUCUUUUUCAGGACCUCAGCACCAAGAGAACGAUUGGAGUGGGUAG